AUGGAGCUCUAUAACUCCACCUUGGAAAGUGGUUUCAUCUUGGUGGGGAUUCUGACCGACAGUGGGUCUCCUGGACUGCUCUACACUACAAUCUCAGUCCUGUACACUCUGGCCCUCACCAGCAACGGCCUGCUGCUCCUGGUCAUCACAGUGGAUGCCCGGCUCCACGUGCCCAUGUACCUCCUGCUCGGCCAGCUUUCUCUCAUGGAUUUGAUGCUUACAUCUGUAGUUAUUCCUAAAACACUUGUGGAUUAUCUGCGUGGAGAGAAUGCCAUCUCCUUUGAGGGCUGUGCCCUUCAGAUGUUCCUAGUACUGACCCUCGGUGGUGCAGAGGGCCUCUUAUUGGCCUUCAUGGCCUAUGACAGGUAUGUAGCCAUUUGUCAUCCUCUGAACUACACGGUCCUCAUGAGGCCCAGGAUUUGCUGGCUCAUGAUGGCCACAUCUUGGACCCUGGCAUUCCUGAAUUCUGUGAUACACACUUCAUAUACCAUGCAUUUUCCUUUCUGCAUGACCCGGGAAAUCAGGCACCUCCUCUGUGAGAUCCCACCCUUGCUGAAAUUGGCCUGUGCAGAUACCUCCAGAUACGAGUUCAUGGUGUAUGUGUCAGGUUCCGUCUUUCUCAUGCCUUCCCUUGCUGCUAUCCUUGCCUCCUAUACGUUUGUCCUAGUUGCUGUCCUCCACAUGUCCUCAGGAGAAGGAAGGCAGAAAGCCCUCCUCACAUGUUCUUCCCAUCUGACUGUGGUAGGAAUGUACUACGGAGCUGCCAUGUUUAUGUAUGUCGAGCCCAGCUCCUACCACAGUCCCCGACAGGACAACAUCCUCUCUGUAUUUUACACUGUCAUUACUCCAGCACUGAACCCUCUCAUCUAUAGUCUGAGAAACAAGGAGGUAAUGGGGGCCUUCAGGAGAGUAUUAGGGAGGUUUUCUUUUAUCCAGGAUGGUGGCUGCCAGUGUCAUAUUGAAGCCCUAUAACUCCUAGAUGGAGCUUCAUAUCCAGUCUUGGUUUUAUGUGGUUCUUCUACAUUAUGAACUCUUGCCUGGAAAAUCCCAUGGACAGAGGAAACUGGUAGGCUACA